AUGGCACACAGCUCUGAUGAUGUCCAGCAUAUGAUGGACGAAAGCUCAGCACGUUUUCACCCGAAACGAGGGAGGAAGCCCCGUGGACUGCGUCAACAUGAAUAUCAUAUAAAAGCCAAACGGCUGCAGGACAGCGAGAUUCAUCCGUCCUCAUCUGCCGACUCGCAGCCUCAGGCUCAGUCUCCGGCCGAGGCCGGUUCGAAUCUCGGCCCGGAUCAAUGUGGCCCCGGCCAGCUCGAGCACAGUCCACGUCUGCCUCGAGUCCAGCUGCUCGGCCGCCGCCACAUGUCCACCUUCAGCGCGCCGUCCACGGAGAGCCCGCGAGCCGCCGACGCUGAGAAGCCAGACUCGCCGCCGCCGCCGCCGCCGCCGCCACCGCCGGCGCUUCCGACUCGGUCGUCAGAGCCGGUGGCCGUUGACAGGCCGAAGCUCAAGUUCCGGCCAUUCGAGCCCGAAGCACACGAGGGCAGAAGUGCCGUGGCCCGAUCGGGCGCCAAGCCAGACCAUCCGGCCCGAGACGACGAUGACGCAGCGCCCGGCCUCGGUCGUUGUCAGGACGAGGAGAGGCAGGCGGUGCGAUUCCACCGGCGCAACGGCGGCUGGCCGAAGGCCUACAUUCCCGACUUCAUGGCCCACCUGGACAACAAGGCUUCGGAAGUUCAACCGAACGACUCGGAUCAGUCGCGCAGCCGCACAAACAUGGUCGACGUACUGCGCUUCUUGCAGAGACCCACAGACUCCUCCAAGCGGUACACGUCCGUGUUUCUGGGCAACACCGGUGAGCAACUGUUGAGGCCAUUUGAUAAGCGAGAACAUGUUUAA